AUGGCUUCCAACGCCCCCAUCGCCACUGUCUACGUGCGCAACCUCGAGGAGCGCGUCAAGCCCGAGCCCCUUAAGGAGGCCCUGCGCGCCAUCUUCUCCGAGUACGGCAACAUCAUCGACAUUGUCGCCAAGACCAACCUCAAGGCCAAGGGCCAGGCCUUUAUUGUCUUUGACGAGCCCGAGGCCGCGCAGCGCGCCGUCGAGGAGGUCCAGGGCUUCGAGAUCUUUGACAAGCCCAUGGCCCUGGCCCUGGCGAGGUCGAGGAGCGACGCGGCGGUUCUCAAGCACGGCACAGAAGAGGAGUUUGAGACGCAUAAGAGGCGUCGCAUUGCGGAGAAAGACAAGAAGAAGGCCCUCGAGGCGGCGGAGGAGCAGAAGCGCCUGCAGCGCGGCCCGGCGCCCGGCGCCGCUCCCGAAGCCGGCCGCCCGGCCAAGAACGUGCGCGGCGCGGGCCUCAAGCCCACCGGCCCCGCGGCCGCGGCCGUCGUGCCGGACGAAUACCUCCCGCCCAACAAGAUCUUGUUCGUGCAGAACCUGCCCGACGACUACGACGUCGAGGCCCUCUCGGGCAUCUUUGGUCGUUUCGAAGGGUUCCGCGAGGUGCGUCUGGUCCCUGGAAGGAGGGGCAUCGCCUUCGUCGAGUACGACGCCGAGCCCGGUGCUAUCACCGCGAAGGAGAACACUGCUGGUAUGAGUUUGGGCGACUCGGGCAACAUCAUGAAGGUUACAUAUCAACGUUCAUAG